CGGGUCCGGAUUAGUCAGGGCGAAACCCCGAUAUCGGGCGGAAAACCAAAAAAAAAAAAAAAAUUAAGAACAGGAGUGUGGACGUAAUUGAAAUAAAAUAAAAGAUUAGGGACAGUUUUAGCAACGACAAGGUUUGAGAUUUGACAGUAAAAUACAAUUAAUACUUCAUACACACUAAACAAGGGAUUUGGCUCCCAUCUUUACUGAUUGCUACUGCUCUGCUACCAGCAUCAGCUCUUCCAAGGGAUGGCCAACCCAAUGUACGGCUACUCUCCGACCUACGCGCCAUCGUCCGUGACGCCCUCUAUCUACGGUGCCGCCACCGCCGCCUCACGCUCCCUCACCGACUCCACCCUCCACCGAAUCUUGGGCUCCGAUCUCUCCAGGUCCUCCUCCUCCUCCUCCAUGUAUCUCAACCACAGCGACGCCCUCGGCCUCGGGUAUUCUUCCACAUCCUCCACCACUCCGUAUUCCCGUUUCUUGCACCACGAUAAAUCCUGGCUGUCUGGCCUCCAUUUCUCUCCUUCUGCUGCCUCCGAAUCUUUGCUUCCUCCUGGAAUUAAGCGCUCCUCUGAAGCGCUCUACCAUCAGACUCUAUUGAGUGCCCAUAACUCAAUUGGCCAAAAUGAAGCUUGGUAUUCUACUAGCUCUUUAGUCAAGCGUCCUAGACUGGAGAGUACAAGCAAUUUGCCUAUUUAUCCACAGAGGCCAGGAGAGAAGGAUUGUGUCCACUAUAUGCAGACAAGAACUUGUAAAUUUGGAGAUAGCUGCAAGUUUGACCAUCCUAUUUGGGUUCCUGAGGGUGGAAUCCCAGAUUGGAAAGAGGUUCCAGCUUUGGAUGUAAGUGAAUCAUUUCCUGAGAGACCAGGGGAGCCAGAUUGUCCUUAUUAUCUGAAAACUCAAAGAUGCAAGUUUGGUUCAAAUUGCAAGUUCAAUCACCCAAAAGAUAAAACGGCUCCCACGCACUCUUCAGAAAAUGCUGUGGUAUCUGACUUACCAGAGAGGCCGUCUGAGCCCCCAUGUGCUUUCUACUUGAAGACUGGGAAAUGUAAAUUUGGUAAAUCCUGCAAAUUCCAUCAUCCGAAAGAUAUUCAAAUAGCAUCUGCUGGCCAAGAGGUUGCCAGAGUCGAGCAGACUGAAUUGAUAACUCAGUCUGGAGGACCAACAGAAGAUGUUAAGCCUGUAUUGUAUCAUAACUCGAAAGGACUUCCUAUAAGACUGGGUGAAGUGGAUUGCCCCUUCUAUCUUAAAACUGGCAGUUGCAAGUACGGUGCCAAUUGCCGCUACAGUCAUCCUGACAGGCAUGCAUUCAAUCCACCCGCUGCAGCAUUAAGUCACCCCUUUGUAGCCUCCAUAGCAAGUAAUCUGGGCACUGGAGUUGUUAAUCCAGCUGCAUCUUUCUAUCAAAGUAUUGACCCCAGAUUGUCUCAGACAGCAGUAACUGCUCAGCCAACGAUGGGAGUGGCCCAAACAAUCUACCCUCAGAGACCUGGUCAGACUGAAUGUGACUAUUAUAUGAAGACUGGAGUGUGUAAGUUCAGCGAAAGAUGCAAAUUCCAUCAUCCCACAGACCGUUCAGCAGGAACAACAAAACAAGCUUCUCAACAGCCUGUUAAGCUCACUCUAGCAGGACUACCCAGGAGAGAGGGUGCCAUUCACUGCCCCUACUAUAUGAAGACUGGAACAUGCAAAUAUGGUGCAAAUUGCAAAUUCGAUCACCCACCCCCUGGAGAGGUAUUGACUAUGGCAACAUCACAAGGAUCAUCUGCAGCCGGUGGUGAGGAAGCAAAAGGGAACGAGAAAGAAGCUGAAAGUAGCAACUCAUAGCGGUGGGGAGAUAACCUCCAGAAAUGAAACCAGCAUUUAGUAAAAAAAACGAAAAAAAACCAUUAUCAACAUGUAUGAUCUUUGUGAAUGUAAUGUAAUAGCAGGCUAUGGAAAUUUCAACUCUUUUUUUUCUUCAGAUGAACUUGUAUGAUCAGAUUUUUGUUAUGGUUAUCUUCUUCCUGUCUUUGAUGAAUAUGUUUUUGGGAUUAAAAUGGAAAGAUGGUU